GCCACAAUUUCCUCCUCAGAAUCCACAAUGAUGACAUACCGUUAAAAGACGAUGUUUUAAGAGGCGGGAAUGCCACCCGAGUGGCACUGGCCAAAGCAUCAAUGAAUGACCUUAGAAACUUUUUUAUGAGACAAGAAGUUGGGAUGCCACAAAUGAAGUUGAAUAUUUUCCAUGUGAUGCAGGCAGAGGAAGAAAAUUAUGCCACCAUCCAUGGGAAAAGCAAAAACACGAAGAAAAGAACACUUCCCUAAUACACGAGGCCUGUACGGGCAAACUCCUCUCUUCCUUGCACUCAACUUCUCACGCAGAAACCAAUCCUUCCUUUGAUCUCCCUGCUCGGGCAACCAACCGCAGCAUCCGCAUCGAAAACCGCAUGGCCUCCAAACAACCUAGCUGUCGUUAGGUUCCUAAUCUCGCAGAUUUGAGCAAGGCUAGGGUGAAGCAGAACAUCAGUUGACGAUUAUUUUGCUCUUUCACAGUUUCCACAAUUUUGGUCUAAUGUUUGGACGACCUUGCUCUUUUUGCUAGAUGAUUGUAGCUUUUCUUUUCCUCUUUAUAAUUUUUUACGCAUGUAAUUUUAUUUUAUUGUAAUGAAAUGAGAUUUGUCCCUAUUCCCCCUCCCAAAUUUUAUUUAAGAAUAGAUUGGUAGAAUUCUGAGUGCUAUGGAUUAAUGGAUAUAAAUACAAAAAGAAUUCCAUAUUUUACCUCAGGAACCUGCCAUUUGACGUCCCGUUUUAAAAUCUUCCGAAAUAUCAGUCCCCUUGAGGCCUGCUCUUCUUCCUCGCCUCGAUGAUGGCAUGGCAAGGCCCGCGUCAGUCUUCAAGCAGCUACCUUUCGACCUCUCCCUCCCAAACUCCACAUUCUUCUCCGAUCUCCUCCAAACCUCCAUUAAAGCGAAGUCCCUGUUUGAGGUUCAGCGUGUCCAUGCUCGCCUCCUUAAGACUCACUUCGCCUGCGAGGUCUUCAUCCAGAACCGGCUCAUCGAUGCCUAUGCUAAGUGUGGGUUCCUUGAGUAUGCCCAACAGGUAUUUGACAAAAUGCCCGACCGAAAUACCUUUACUUGGAAUAACAUAAUAGGAGCUUUUCUUAGUUUCAAAUUGGUUAGCGAGGCAGAAUGGCUCUUCCAGUCCAUGCCCAUGCCCGAUCAAUGCUCUUGGAAUUUGAUGGUCUCAGGUUCAGCGCAGCAUGGUUGCUUAAGGAAAGCCCUUAAAUAUUUCAACGGUAUGCAUAGGGAAAACUUUGUGCUCAAUGGGUAUUCCUUCUCUAGUGCUCUCAGUGCUUGUGCUGGCUUGGUUGACUCUGGAUCUGGCGUCCAGAUACACGCAUUGAUUUCAAAAUCUCCUUUUGCUUAUGAUGUCUACAUGGGCAGUGCGCUGGUUGAUAUGUACUCCAAGUGCCGGAGGGCGUUUGAGGCACACAGAGUGUUUGAUAAUAUGCCAGAAAAAAACGUUGUAUCCUGGAACAGCCUGAUCACUUGCUACGAGCAGAAUGGCCCGGUCAGUGAAUCCUUGGAUAUGUUUGUGAGGAUGAUGGAGUGCGAUGUUGAGUAUGAUGAGGUGACUCUUGCUAGUGUAGUCAGUGCAUGCGCUAGCCUCUUGUGUAUCAGAGAAGGAAUGCAAAUACAUGCCCAAGCGAUUAAAUUUGAAAAGUUGAGAAAUGACUUGAUAUUGUGCAAUGCUUUGGUUGACAUGUAUGCAAAGUGUGGUAAAGUCAGUGUUGCGAGGAAGAUUUUUGAUGGCAUGAUGGUUAAGAGCAUGGUAUCAGAAACCACAAUGCUUACUGGAUAUGUGAAAUCAUCGAAGGUCAAUGAUGCAAGGUUGAUGUUUGUGAAAAUGCCAGAAAAGAAUAUUGUGGCUUGGAAUGCUCUAAUUGCUGGUUAUACACAAAAUGGAGAGAAUGAGGAGGCCCUUAGACUGUUCCUUAUGUUGAAGAGGGAGUCUGUUUGGCCAUCUCAUUACACCUUUGGCAAUGUCCUUAAUGCCUGUGCUAACCUUGCUGAACUCCAGCUUGGCCAGCAAGCUCAUGCUCAUGUUAUGAAGCAUGGUUUCAGAUUCCAGAAUGGUCCAGAACCUGAUAUCUUCGUUGGGAACUCGCUAUUAGACAUGUACCAUAAAUGUGGAUCUAUAGAUGAAUCAAGGAAGGUUUUUGAACGAAUGCUCAAUAGAGACAGGGUUUCCUGGAAUGCCAUGAUUGUGGGGUAUGCACAAAAUGGAAGUGGACUGGAGGCCAUUAAUCUCUAUAAAAGGAUGCUGAUGUCAGAAGAAGAACCUGAUAAUGUGACGAUGAUUGGGGUUUUGUCAGGUUGCAGCCAUGCAGGGUUGGUGGAAGAGGGACGCAAGUAUUUUGAUUCAAUGUUCAAGGAGCAUGGUUUAAUUCCAUCCCGAGAUCACUACACUUGCAUGAUUGAUUUGCUCGGCCGAGCAGGUCAAUUUGGUGAAGUGGAGAAGUUUAUAAGAGAGAUGCCUAUCGAGCCUGAUUCUGUUUUUUGGAGUUCCUUACUGUCGGCAUGUAGAGUGCACCAUAAUGUUCAAAUGGGAGAAUGGGUAGCUGGGAGACUUUUUGAGCUUGAUUCAGAAAAUUCAGGACCUUAUAUUCUUUUGUCAAACAUGUAUGCUGAAGUAGGAAGAUGGGCUGAUGUUGUGAGAAUUAGAAAGUUAAUGAAGGAUAAAGGAGUUAUUAAGCAGCCUGGGUGUAGCUGGGUUGAGAUUGGAAGGAAGAUACAUGUCUUCAUGGUGAAAGAUAAAACCCACCCAAAGAGAAAGGAGAUCUAUAGAAUCUUGAGAGUUCUAAAAAUGCAAAUGGAAAGGCUUGGAGCGAAAUUGAAUGCCGAGGUCUCUCCAGAUAUUCUGUUACUUGGAGCUGAAUAAAAGCAUUUAACAUCUAUGAAGCUGAGCAGAGCAAACUGUAAGUUUAUUGCUUCACAGUGGUUUUUUCUACUUAACGAUCAAGGAGUUGUCUUCUUCAAUUUGAUUCCUUGAAGCUUCAAUA